ACCAGCACCUCCGCCGCCACUACGCCAUUCACCCGUUACAUGAGCUCGGCGGCUAGAAGAAAGCUAGCUCUCUGUUCACGGGGGCGAGCAGCUUGUGUUCCAACCGGACGACCUAAGUAACAAUUUGAGCGAUUUUCCCGAAACCAAGAUAUUUUGCUCGUAAAGGUCGUGUAUAAAUCGUGAGGGGUGAAGGUCGAGACACCAGCCCAAACUGAAACCAGCCCCCAGUGUCACACAUCAGGCAGACGACAUCCCUGCACACAGACGAUAUGGACCGUUCACCCUCAUCCUCCAGCCUGAUGGCGAGCAGCAACGUCACCAACAAGACUGACCCACGCUCCCUUAACUCCCGGGUCUUUAUCGGCAACCUCAACACCCUGCUUGUCACGAAGGCUGAUGUCGAGGCCAUCUUCUCCAAAUACGGCAAGAUCGUUGGCUGCUCUGUCCACAAGGGCUACGCCUUCGUACAGUACGCCAACGAGAGGAACGCCCGAGCUGCUGUCGGCAGCGAGGACGGGAGGAUGAUCGUCGGACAAGUACUUGACAUCAACUUGGCAGGUGAACCCAAACCACACAGAUCAAAAACCACCAAGCGCUCUGCUGGAGACAUGUACAGCAGUUCCUCAUUUGACCUCGACUAUGAUUUUCAAAGAGAUUACUAUGACAGAAUGUACUCGUACCCGUCCCGCGUCCCGGCUCCUCCUCCUCCUCUGUCGCGGGCCGUGAUCCCGUCCAAACGUCCGCGGGUCAGUCUGAGCGGAGGAAGCAGCCGGAGAACCAAGAGUAGCUUCUCGUCCUCAUCCAAGAGCAGCCAGAGAACAUCUUCAUCCAGAACAAUGAAAGUGGACGAGCUACAGACCAUCAAGCGCGAGUUGACCCAGAUAAAAAGCAAAGUGGACGACCUGCUAGAGAGCCUGGAGUGCAUGGAGAAGGACCACAGCAAGAAGUCGGCUAAGAGCAUAAAAACGGAGCCGGGAGAGGUAACUUCACCUCCUCACCCGAGCAACAAGAAGGACGACGGGGUAAAGAGGGACAGGGAGAGCCAGGACUUGAAUGACUCAGAGGAAGAGGAGGAAGAGGAGGAGGAAGAAGAAGGAGAGGAGGGAGACCUGCUGGAGGAGGAAGAGGUGAGAACAAAUUUGAAAAAAAUGUUGGCAGCUCCAGGUUUCAUAAAUGUGAUACAUGAAUCGAUUAAUUCGUGUCGAAGCGAGUAUGAGCAGAAAUAUUGCUAAUUUGGUGAACUGAGCAAUUGUUGGCCCUCAGAGGAGAUUUUCCAACUAUUUUCAUGGCAUCAGGGUUUUAAAAGAAUCAGGUUUUGUUCCACUUAUUUUUAGUGCUGGGACUUUAACGAAUUAACUUCGAUGAAUUAAUUACAGAAAAAAUGACACAUUAAAGAAUAACAUGUUUAAUCGCACCUUUCUCGGUUCUCUAAUUUCAACUUCAGCUUUAUUGUCAUUCAGCAUUGUAGGUAGUUAACAGUUAAACAAAAUUCUCUCAUCCGGUCACAUAGCAGAAAUAAAAGUGUCAAUACUAUACAAAAAUUAAGAAAAAAUAUAUGGCAAAUUUAAAAAGACUGAACUAAAAAAGACAAGCAUACACCAGACAUAAUCAUACGUGCACACAAAUUUCUGGCACACUGGUAACACUGAUGCACGCUCCAGUCCAGAAGGUGGCGAUAAUGCACUGAAAUUCUGUUUGCUAGCCAUAAAGAAGAUACACAGGAUGCACUGAGUGAUGUCAGCGCACAAGAAAGUUCCGUGAACUGUGAAGGAAGACUGAAUUGAGCUUGUCAGGCAGAAAGUUUUCUUUUAAAAAACUUCCCGAUGGCAGCUUGGAUGAAAGCGUGGUUGUGUGCAAAUUGUGCAAUAAAGAGUUUUCUUAUCACCACAGCACUUCAAGCUUGCUGUUAGCACCAGAGCUAACGUUAGCUGCGAUGGCCCUGGUACCGGCAAACUGUGUAGCCAUCCCAUAAUAGACCACUUUUCAAGACACUGAAAGUGCUUGACUUUACAAAAAGUCUUAAAAUGUUAAAUGUAAUUGCACUUUGAGUUUGCAGUAAUCUGUUAAUGUGGUGGACAGAUGAAAAAUGCAGAUAAAUAUAAAUGAAACAAACAUUUUUGUUGUUUAAAUUCACUUAUACGCCUAUUUAUCAAUUCAGUCCUCAACCAAAAUUUAUUUGAGUUAUUAGCCAUGAUGAGUGCAUCACUUCAUCCGCCUCUCUUCUUACUCUGAUGCACCCAUCACUUUUGGAAGGGGUUAAAUCUGGACUAAUCAGACCACAUGACCUACUUCCAUUGCUUCAGAGUCCAAUCUUUAUGCUUCCUAGCAAAUUGAAGCCUUUUUUUCCGAUUAGCCUCACUGAUCAGUGGUUUUCUUAGAGCUACACAGGUGUUUAGUCCCAAUCCUUUGAGUUCCCUUUGCAUUGUGCAUGUGGAAAUGCUCUUACAUUCACUGUUGAACACUGCCGUAAGUUGUACUGUUGAUUUUUUUAUGAUUUGAUUUCACCAAACAUUUAAGUGCUCGCCAAUCGCUAUCAUUUGUGUUUUUAUUCUGACCACAUUUCAUCCUGGAAGAUGAUGGUUCACUAUCCUUCCAGGUUUUAAUAAUGUUGUUGGAUGGUUCUUAACCUGAUUUUAGUAGUUUCAGAAAUCUCCUUAGUUGUUUUCUUUACUUGAUGCAGGCCAAUAAUUUGACCCUUCUGAAAGUAAUUAACAUCCUUUCCAUGACCACAGCUUCUUACUGUGUCAGAGUUAAAUAACUUGUUGCCAGCUGAAACAUAAUCACCAAUCCAGUAAUUAGGAUUGGGAGACUCUUACCUAUUUGCUUAGUUAAAUCCAGGUGGUGACCUUUUUUUUUUGGCCAGGCAGUUUACAGUUUGUUUGCGCUGAUGGAAUCCAUCUAUUUGAAUCCUCAUCGCCGUUCACGACAGCGUGAACAGCGAUGAGGACUCGUAGGACGACGGCAACGCAUGCAGCGAACUCGCAGCUUCCAGUAGGAACUCGGACUCCUGUUUUAACACUCAUGUUGAAGAUAAAAAAGCAAACAUGUACACAGACACACACACAAGCAUGGUGCGCUCACUCUGUUCAAACAUUGUCCCCUCUCUUUCUUUCUUUCUUUUUUUCUUUUGGUGAACUUUUUGCCCGUUGUCCGGUAUCACUGUAACAGGAAGAACUAGCUGUUGGUCUGUGUUUUUCAUUGCUUGUCUUCAGGUGAAGGCAGGAACAUCAACUGUGAAUGUUCUCAGAGACGACAGCUCGACGGAGAUGUUUUAAACGCCGGGAUGGAAAAUUCAGCUCCAGAAGAACGUUUUAAAUUUUCAAUGUGUUCCUUUUUUCUCAUCAGUGAGUUUGAACUUGUGUCUGUAUGUUAAUGUCAGUUUUUUAUACUGUCAGUUUCAUUUCAACUGUAAAGGAAUAACUUGCAAUAAAAUAUUAAAAUCCA